CGAUACUUUUUACAGCAGCUGUUUAGUCUUUAACUUUGUAUCAUUGAAACCAUAGAUCAUCAACUUUAGAUAAUACUAUUUUACCGAUUAAAAUUUUUUAUAGACAAUAACAUUGCAUUAUAGUAUUGACACAAGUCGUAGAAUUUCGUCUUCGUGUCUACAUUUUACACGCUUCAACAUAACCGCGCUCUUGAUAUUUUUGUUUAUCUAGUAGUCUGUACUUAAUAUAAGAUUUAUUUUAUUACAUUUAAGGAUACCCUAACAUGUGUUCAAUUAACGCGUAACAAUGGAUAAUUUAUCAAAAUCAUUGGACAGUUUUAUAAAAAACAAAUUUAUUAGACUUGGAUUGCCAUUUAUAUUGUUGGUUGUUGGAGGAUCAUUUGGUCUAAGAGAAUUUUCACAGAUUCGAUAUGAUCAUCGAAAGGUUAAGUUCAUCAGCCCAGAAGAACUUAAGAAACAAGGUAUUGAAAUGAAACCUCGAGGCAGCGUUACCAUAGAAACCGAGUAUAAAAAGCUUAUGGAAAAAGUUAAUCUUGACGAUUAUGAGAAUAAAAGAAUACCAAGACCGCCAGGAUAUGAAGACUGAAAUAAAAUUAUAUUAAGGAAAUGUUUUAGUAUGUUUUUAUUUUAACAAAUAACAAAUAAAUGUGUUAUAAUAAAUAUCAGCUAUGCUAA